AUGAAAUACAUCUUGGUUGCUGUGGAUUAUAUCUUCAAAUGGAUAGAAGAAGUGGCUUUACCAAAUAAAAAAGUAAAGAGUGUCACAGGCUUCCUGAAGAAAUAUAUUUGCACCCAUUUUGGCACUCCUCAGGCGAUCAUUAGUGAUGGUGGUUCACACUUUUGCAACAGGGAUUUUGCGGGUUUGCUUGCAAAAUACGGUGUCAAACAUAGAGUGGCUACCUCGUAUCACCCGCAAACAAGUGGCCAGGUUGAAGUCUCCAACUGGGAGAUAAAGAGCAUUCUAGCUAAAAGUGUCAAUGCAAAUCGGACCGACUGGUCUAAGAAGCUGGAUGAUGCUCUUUGGGCUUAUAGAACGACGUUCAAAACGCCCAUUGGGACUUCAAAUUACUGGUUGGUUUUCAGUAUGGCAUGCCGCUUGUCCGUUGAGCUCGAACACAAAGCCAUGUGGGCGUUGAAAAAGUUAAAUCUGAAUUGGGAUGAGGCAACCAAGCUUCAGUUGUUUCAACUCAACGAGAUAGAUGAGUUCCGCUAUUAG